AUGGCCAAGUUUGUCUUUCUUACCACCGGUUGCUCUUCCACACUAAUGUACUGGAUCAGGGAAUUGCGAAAUGCCUUAACGGACGUGAAUGCUGUGGCAGAUCAUACAACCAGAAAUCUCGAUGCAACAUACUAUUCGGUUCUAGAAAAACUUGGGGAUCUGCAUAGGACGAUUGGCUCUCUCAAAGAGUUGGCGGCUAUGACUAGACAAUUGAAUGAGGAUUUUAAUACAGAGGGGGAGGAACUCGUAGAAGAAAGUCGAGCGCAACUAGAAGGAUUUGAAGAAUUUGAAGCACAGGAACAGAAGAUCACAGCAUUGGAGAAACGUGUUAAAGAAGGACGGAAUACAAUUGACAUAUUGAGUGGGCGGGUAGACAUUGUUAGGAAGCGAGUUAAAGGCUGGGAAAAGGCUGAGCAGGAAUGGCAAGACAAAACCCGAAAGCGACUGAAGAUGAUGUGGAUUCUAAUGUCGAUAUGCGCAACCAUUUUGCUAUCAAUUGUUAUUCUGGCUUAUAUACCAACGGGGGAGCAAGGGCAUAGAGCUGCAAGAUUCAACAGCUCUAAUACGACUGCGCUGGGGGAGUUGGAGAAGGCCAAAAAUGAGAGCAAAAACAUGCAAAAGCCCCCUUUCGAGAUACUGGAGAGCUCAACUGGAAGUGAAGUCAACAAGGAAGCAGGGAAAGCGGCAGAAGACCCAAGGCUUGAGAUAUUCGACGAGUUAUAA